UUAACACUAGGAAGUGUUUGGGUGGGCAAGUGACUGCAAUAGGACACUACCGACUGUAAGACACUCAACGUGCAGCGGGCAACUUCCACAGCCAGAAGCACAUCCACAGCGGGCUGAGUGGGAUCUUGGAAGGCGUUGCCACGGAAAUUGACAUCUUCAAUCAGAAUGGAAACUCGAAGGGAAACGUCCAACAGCUGCGGGACAAUUUGUCUGAAGUACAUUCUCUUUAUAUUUAACAUUCUUUUUUGGCUUGCAGGGGGUGCCGUACUCGCUGUGGGCGUGUGGACUCUGGUGGAGAAGAGUGACUACAUCAAUCUGCUCAACUCCAACUUCUACACCGCAUCCGCUUACAUCCUCAUCGCCGCAGGAGCCGUCGUGAUCGUCACCGGCAUCAUCGGAUGCUGCGCCACUUUGAGCGAGAUGAAGAGUCUUUUGAUUGUGUAUUUGGUGCUGUUGCUCUGUGUUUUUCUGCUGGAAAUCAUCGCUGGUGUCUUGGCGUAUGUUACCUACCAAGAGUGUUUCCCUUUCUGCCACCAGCUGGAUGAGGAGCUGAGGCAGAACUUGAAGAUGACCAUGCAGCACAAAUACCACCAAGCUGGAGAGGACAGUGUCACACAGGCUGUGGACAAGCUCCAUCAGGAAUUCCAGUGCUGUGGCAGUAACAGCUCCUCAGACUGGCGAGACAGCAUUUGGAUCGAGGCCACGCAGUACCAGCAGCUUGUUCCCGACAGCUGUUGCAAAACUCCCAGCAUCCUCUGCGGCAUCAGAGACCAUCCCUCUAAUGUCUACAAGGUAGAGGGAGGCUGUGUCAUGAAAUUGGAGGAGUUUAUUCUCAGUCAGCUAUAUAUUCUCGGUGCACUGGGCAUUGGGAUUGCAGUUUUACAGCUUUUUGGGAUGAUGUUUACUUGCUGCCUUCAUCACAAUCUGAAAGAUGAGCCAUACUGACGUUGGCAUUUUUUUUAGUGUCUUUACCAGAUGAGCGUGCUUUGAGACUUUAGUGCCUUAAAAUGUCAAGCUUAAAUUUGAGCUGCUGGGCAGCACUUCACUCUGCAAAACGGCUUCCUUUUUAUGUCAAGGGUAAUGCUGAAAAUGAAAGCUUGAUGUGGUUAUAUUUACAAAUGCUUUACUGCACUGCUGUUCUUGGUGUGUCACGAGGUUUAGUUCAAGAAAUACAUAAUAUGAACAAUAAAAGCAAUUGUAAUAGUUCCAUGUAUUGCAUUUACUGAGAAAGUCUUCCAAUGCAUGCACUGUGAUUAAAGGGUUGAUAAGA